AUGGCCGCAGCUGCUACUCCCUCGUCCAUACCUGCGCUCAAACGAGCACUUUUGCAGAUCCACCACUCGCAUCCGCGGCUGAUCGCUGCUCCACCCGUCGUACCCGGCUCCCCGGCCUCGGGCGCAUCACGACGAGCGAGUGUGGCCAUCAGUGAGUUCGUUCGUGUAAAUACGCGCGUAGGACUUCGCGUUCGCUGGAGGCCAGGUCGAGGCGAUCAUGUAUAGAUCUCGGCAUUCGGUCGUGGUUGGGGAGCGCGAUCGAGAUCACCCGAGGCGACGAUCGAAUCCGUGGAUACCGUGUUUCCCGGCUCGGGCAUCGUCAAAACUGACCCCUUGAAUGAUAUCCAACAGUCAUUCGCUUGCGACCUGCAGGAGGAUCGCCAUCGCCGACCGCGUCCGGUUCCCCCACUUCGACCGCGGCGCCGUCCCCAGCUCCCGCGUCCCCUUUCGCAUCAGCCGGUCUCCCCUUGCACGCCAGUCCACCCGGAUCCCCCCCAACAGGCGCCCACUCCGCUUCCAUCCCACUGCCGACCUCGGGGUCUCUAGCUCCCAAGUCGAUCGCGGAUCAGCUCGACGACUUCUUCAGUCAGAAAUGGGUCCACGCACCUGGAACGACCGCCGAGAUCCUCUACAUCAAGCGUGCGACCCGAUCGACCGACAAGUGGUCCGGGCACGUCGCCUUCCCAGGUGGAAGGCAGGAACCCGAGGAUGAGGAUGGGCGUUACACGGCGAUGCGCGAGUCGUGGGAAGAAGUCGGCCUCGACCUUGCGGAGAAGGAGUGGAUCCCCGUCGGCGCAUUGGACGAUCGAGAGAUCACGACCAGUCUUGGCAAACGAUUGCUCAUGAUUCUGAGCUGCUAUGUCUUUUUGCACACGUCGCCGCAUGCCCCAAUCCCGGAACUGCAGGAGAGCGAGGUCGCGUCGGCACAUUGGGUUCCGCUCGAGCAAUUGACCGCUCCGCAGGCCAAGGUUGGGGUGGUGUCGAUCGACAUCAGUACGAGGUGAGUCAAGUCGCACCGUCAAAUCUGACAUCUCUUGUGGUGCUGAUCCGUUGAUCGCUCCCCUCAGGCUGGCACCUCGAAACGCUCUGGCACGGAUAUUCCUCAAGGCGCUCGUCGGAUCCAUGAAUUUCAAGUGAGUGGUAGAUAUCAAAAUCGAGGUCCGUUUCCCCAAGAUGUUGACGCCACUUUCUUUCCCAGAUGCAUUCUCCUUCCGAACCACCCGGUCGCGCUCGGUCUGCACACCCCCGUGCUCCCCUCUCAUCCGCUGCCGGAUCUCAAACUGUGGGGUUUGACGCUGGGCAUGACGCUCGAUCUGCUCACGCACAUGAACCCCGCAAGCUCGGCUCUCUCUUCUGGCGAUUCAACCGACCUCUCGACUUACCCGCACCUCGCCUCGACCUUGCCCGGUACCCAACAAGAGAUCGAAGAACACCCCUUUGCGCCUUCGGCGGCCUCCAUCUUCCCUCGGUUCUCGUACCCCGAUAUCAACUUGCUCAUCUACGUCUUUGGGUUCCGGUACCGGCGUAUCCUGAGGUACCGACCUAGUGCACCCGGGGAGAACGCAAGGGUCAAUUGGGCGGGCAUGACUCUGGGUUCGUAUUACUCUGCGGUGAGGCGAGCGCUCGUCGUUGCGGUCGUGUUGAGGGGGUGUGCGGCGUUGGGCGCGGUGGCGUAUGUGCUUACUUUGGUGAGGAGGAAAGUCAAGGCACGAAUCGUGGGCAAGGUGCUGUCGUAG